AUGCGGUUGGCCACAUUGCUGAAGCUCAGCAAGACUGUUAGGGUGCUCCCUCACCAGGCAGCACUUACAGCCGUCCGAAAACUCAUCGAAUCCGGCGUGAGUCUGGGGAAGAUCCAGCCAAAUUACUCCUUGGUUGGACACAGGCAGCUGAGGGACACAGAGUGCCCCGGCGACAGGCUCUACGAGACGAUAACGACUUGGGACCAUUAUGACCCUCAUCCUACCUGA